AUGCAGGACUUUGUUGGCCAGAAGAGAGCUGAGAGGCUGUUCCAGAUCAUCCUAACACUAGCAGGGUUGGUCCUUCCACCAUGGCCCAUGUAUAGGUGCAACAAUCUUCCCUGGCAGAAAGCAGUGGAGGAAUCCUCGGAUGCCAAUUCCAAUACCAAUACCAAAUCAUCAAAAAAGAAGAAGAUCCAGUUUCUUGGUGAACUCCCCUCGCCAGAAUGUGAUCUGCUCCUCAAGGGUCAACCCAAUGCCUUUCAGGAAGAGUCCAUAGUGGAGCCGACCAAAGAGCUUCUGCAUCCGUUCGUCAUCCUCCAGUAUCCUCCCCAUGCUGAGGCUCAUAUGCUGAAAGAUGCAAAUUCAAUGAACUCAGGAUCUUCAUCAAGAGCCUACCUGCACUUCUCGUUCCAGAAACUCUCUGAACUUCUGUGUCACAAUGGAUGUGAACUCUUGAGUGGUGAUGUAAGCCAUCCCUGCCUGGAGGAAGACUCGACGACCUCUGACCAGCUCGAGUGCAUCCAACCAAGGCACUUUGUACAAAUCCAGCAUCUUCUUCUUCUCUGCAUUCUUGUCAUCACCCAAUAUUCUUUGGAGCUACAAAAGAUAAAGGGUUUCACAGUCUGCAACUCUGAACUCUACAUUGAGUACAAGCUUCUUUCCAUUAGGUACUUCUGUUGGUCUGGCGCGGCGAGCACAGCUCUCGCCAGACGAUUUCGAGGCCGAGGUCCACCUCUGAGACCGGAACUCGUCGUGAAUUCCAUGCUCUUAGUCUUCUCUAACACUUACACGUGGAAAUUCGUCCAGAGGCAUCUGUAG